CUGGCGAAAAGAACGCGAAAACCUCUGUUUAGCCAAGAACGACGAUUAAGUUGGACAUAAGUCAAAAGUGAUCAAAAUAAUAAAGUAUAUCGACAGUUUUAAACAAUCGGCAUCCUUAGCAUCAUAUUUAGGCAGUGGAAGAGAAUUCAAGUGCACCGGAUUCGACCCACUUUUGUGGAGGUAAAGUUAUGACUUUCAAUGUGGUUUACAGGAACUAUCCAGCUGUCUACGCCUUGAUUGUGAAAUAAUUUUUCCUAGUAGUGUAUUUUGAGUUCCUAAUGAAAUGCACCUCUUAAUCGGUGUAACGAUAUAUUACAGUUUGUUGACAUUUGUAGAGUCAUCUUUGCAAAACUAGUCGUUGUAAUUUAGCUAGCUAACAAAAGUGAUUCACUUGCUGUCCCCUGCUUUGUCCCUGUGCCAUAGCAUGGCACGAGCCUUGAGCUACACGAGCAAAUCACGAACACUGUCUGUCAGGCAUCCAGUAACGUUAGCUAUUAGCUAUCUACAUGCAAUUUUUUUUUUCAUAUAACAAUGUGCAUCAUAUUUGUGAAUGAUCAUAACGCCAAGGUAGCACCUACUACUAUUCAACUACAUGUAAAAGUAUAUUUUGAUGCAUAUUUUUCAUUUAUGUAACUUUCCUCAGAUCCAGAUGAAUGCAUUAGAUGGGGCAGGGAUGGGCAACUUUGAUGGGGGUGGGGGCCACAAUCUGAACUCAUGAUGAGGGGGCCACAGUGGCUCAUACCUACCUUUAUACAAAUACAUGCAGUCAGAGCUGGCCCUAGCCUUUUGGGGUCACUAUGUGACAUUUUGUUGUAGACCUGGAGUUGCCAUCCAGGCCUGGAGUUUUCCCGGAUUUAGAGUCUUUAAUUGCGUCAACAAGUUCCUCCUCUGUAAUUUAACCUUCACAUGAGUCUUUCUGUACAACUGUUAAUUUUACGUUAUUAAUAGAAACAAAAUCCUUACAAAUAACUUCGGUUAGGAGAGAUGGAGGAGACUGAAAUGAACAAAUAUGCUUAAAGUACUUUGCUUCCGCUUUCAAAAUAUAGUUUGUUGAAUCAUGGGCAUGCUGUCUUAGAAUCUCCCUCUUCUUUUCAGAUACCUCAAGCUGCCAGUUCUAUCCCCCAGCCUUUUAGUGUCAAUUUAUGAACUAGUUAGCUUAGUCAACUGUAACCAUUAGCAUUACAACUGAUAUUUAGAUGACGUUACUCAGCAACUAACCGUGCAGGUUAUAGAUUGUAUACAACAUUUGUUUUAACUUUCACUGUUAAAACAAGAGUUUUAAUGUUUACUCUGUUCAAAUUCAUUCAACACCACAUACUAAGAACAAAGCUUUUACCAGCAUUACAGACAGCUUUGUAUCACAUUUAUUGACUUAAGUGCUAUUUAAGCCAUGGAAAGCUCUAUGUAAGAAAGUAUCUGUCACUGACUGGGGUGGGGAUCGGUGAGUCGUGGCCAUGCUGUCCGGAGUCCAGCCGUGUUUCCAGCUGCUGAGAAUCGGCUCGUCCUCCACAGAUUCGGCUCAGGACCUGUACACGUUCCGUCCGGCGCUGACUCACUCAGUGUUUCGGCUGGGCCGUGCGGCAGAGCUGUGUGAUGUCACCCUGGACUCUACGUCUGUGUCCCGGAUCCAUGCCGAGCUGCAUGCUGAGAGGGAGGUGGAGGGGGCGGCCGAGGGGGGCUGGAAGGUGCAGCUAAAGGACCGGAGCAGCCAUGGUACUUGGGUGAAUGAGGUCCGUCUGCAACCAAGUGUCCAAUGGGAGCUCUCAGAUGGUGACACACUCACCUUCGGCUGCCAAUCAGAGCGAGAGAGCCCAGAGUUCUACUUUCUCUUCCAGAAGGUUAGCGUGCGGCCGUUGGACUUUGACGCCAUCACCAUCCCCAAGGCCGGCACCUUCUCCUCCGACCUGAAGAACCGAAUCAGAACGAGCCUAGACCGGAAGGCGGUGGCCAACUUGGAUCUCUCCACUUGGUCAAUCAACAGGGCGACUGUCAUUCUGAAUUCCAUUGGAAGCCUGAGCAAGAUCAAUGGGAGUCCUUGGACAUUUAAGAGGAGUGACGGCAAUAUCACAGACCCAAACUCCACCUCCCCGCCUUUUACAUCCUUGGUCCCGCCCUCCACCCCUCCUCCCUUUCCACCCACUACCUCUGUGGUCUCAUCCAAGUCACUCCCGGCGUCAUCCAAGAGCAGGCGCAAGUCAGCCCACACUGUACUUCUGGAGGAUGACAGCUCGGACGAGGCCAGGAACCACCGAAGCGUGAAGGACGGCCAGAGAGGGACGAAGAGAAGACGCCUCUACAAGUCAGAGUCUGAGGGUUUCCACGCUUCUUUAGCCAAAACGGACCAGGAUGUACGACGCCAGUUUGAACUGAAGCCUGUGCCUAAACCGAUUGCAAACUGUCACGCAAUCGUCGCUAACGGCAAACUCAACCACGUAUCCUUCAACAUCAAUCAGAGGCGGGAGAUCGACCCAAACCAUCAAAGGACUGGCCCAAAUAUGAACGUCUCUGUGUUUCGACAGCAGAAUAUUUUUCCGCCGCCAUCUUCUGGGCGCGGAAGGCGACGGGCUCACAGCUCCCCAGUGUACUCCCCUAUGGUGGUGGGAGGAGAGAGCUACUCGCUGGUGUCCCCGUCCCUUAGGAUCUGCAAAGAGGAGAGAGGACGGCCAGGGCAGUUUGCCAGAUUUCAUGUCACGGCUGGCAAGCGACGGGGCCGACCAAGGAAGCACCCCCCUCCGCGGCCCUCCCUUCCCCCUCCUUCCUCUUCUUCAUCUUCCUCCACAUCCUCCUCGUCCUCCUCUUCGAGCUCCUCCUCGUCCUCCUCAGAAGACGAAGAGGAGGGGGUAGUAUCCCAGGGGGUGGAGCCGUGUGCUGCACCAAACUGCCGCCUGCCCCAGCAGGACACGGUGCAGUGGGUCCAGUGUGACGACUGCGACGCCUGGUACCACCUGGACUGCCUGCACUGCGACCGCAAGAACCUCCUGCUGGACCCCAACGCAGACUUCCACUGUGGCUGCUGCUGAUACAGCAGGAGUGGGUCACAGACCCUAAACUAGAACACACUUAAAUGCCUUAAUCAUACCACAGUGAAUUUGGGGCUUGUUUACGGAGAAAGAUAAAGACGAUUGUUGUAUAUUGGGGAUUGUAUGAUUUUUAAAGUAGAUGUUGUACAGUGUUUGUGGAGGUUUUUAGUUGCGACUGAGGCUGUCAUGGACAGUGGGGUGGGUCUCAUCUACGGGAUAGUUAGAGGCUGUCCUAAACUGACAUUUUUCAAAGUGUUCAUCCACACUCGCUUUGUUGCGCAACUGUUUGACGAAGAGUGAAAGCUAGGACUCGGGUUAGCAGUGGAAACCCCGGGGACUGAAAUUAACUGCGUUGGAACUAUUUCAGCUACACAAGGGCUACUCUCUGGUGUACAGUAUAAGUCUGGAAACAAGUACAUGUACAGUGACAGACAGUAGGUUUAUAAAUUCAUGUGCUAAGUACUUUGAUAUCGGGUUGUGAAUAACAUGCUGUUGAUUGGGGCUGAUGGAGGUGGUAUUGGAGAAUUCACCAAAUUCAUACCUGCAGUAACAUAAUAUGCAUUGCAAUACUCUCAUCACACAAAAAAAAUGAAUUGAGCAAGGAUUUGCUUAGUUUGGUUCUAUCCCGUUGAGUAAAGAUGUUUACGCAAGGAGGAGCAUGGGUUUUCUGUGUUCCUACUGUCUUUAGUAGUUGUUUUAAUCUAUAAGAGGCUGUUUUGAUAUUUGAGAAUUCAGAUCUAUGACAUGCUGACUUGUUUUUUUUGUCUUCUGAUUAACAUAAGCUGAUGACUUUGAUUUACGUCUCUAACCGUAUGCAACAGUAUGUACCGUAUGCAUGUCUGUCCAUAACACACAUAGAUUUAGAGAAACUCCACCCAGAAACUAUUUUGGUAUUUGUUCCAUUGUUGACAUAAUCUCAUAAUGUUUUGCUUGUGAGCAAUCACGUUUUCAAGAUAUGUAACUUUUAAAUGACAGAUCAUCCCCAUACGAUGCAUUUAGCAUCGUAUGAUACCAAUUUUUCCAAAAUGAAUCAUACAGGGAUGAUUUUGAAAUCUUUAUUCAACAAGGCAAGUCAGUUAAGAACAAGUUCUUAUUUACAACGACAGAUCAGGCGCAGAAUGACCUUGUCAGCUUGGGGAUUUGAUCCAGCAACCUUUCAGUUACUGGCCCAACGCUCUAACCACUAGGCUACCUGCCACCCCUUGAUUGCUGACCAGCAAAACAUGUCAACAAUGGACUAAUGAAACAAAUACCAGAAGAUUUGUGGGUGGAGUUUACCUUCAUCAAGUUGUAGAGGAGGCGUGACCAACACUCUUGUGGAGCUACCCUUGUGCAGGGUUUUGUUCAAGCCCUAUAACUCACCUGAUUGUAGUAAUCAGUUGCUCCUUAGGACCUUGAUCUGCUGAAACAGGUGAGAUGUAAUAGGGCUGAAGCAAAAGCCUGCUCACCCAUUUGAUCUCCAGGAGUAGGGUUUGCUCCACCAGAUGUAUAACAACAGUCUUCACUUUAAUGAUUAGAAGAUCAGCGCGUAAGGGCACGUCCCAGUUGGAUGUCUCCGAUUAUUGGUAUUUGUCUUGAAAGUUACCAGGGAAGAAAUAAAAGGUAUGACUUUU